AUGUCAAAUGAUCCAGCGAUUAAAAUGUCACGCUCUAGUGGUGUGGUGGUUGAAAAUGCUCCAAUAAGUGGUGAUGAAAAGGAGCAAGUGCAGCCAACGAGGAAGAAGAAAUUACUGGAAAGGAGUUUAGUUAGUUAUGGCGAUAUGGAGAUGUUCGAUGAUGUUUAUGCGGAUUUCUAUGCUGAACCCUCGUAUUCAUCGAAUCAGCAGAAACCGACUGUCCACACUUCUAAGGCAUCAUUCAGUGAAGCAAAUGCUCAUCAACCGUUCUCGAGCAAUGACGAUGAGAUGACUGAAAACGAUCGAAACGAUGAUCAUCAAGAUGGUGAGGAUGAUGACGAGCGGUUGCUAUCGAUGGACGAGAAGUUGAAGUUCGAUUUCGGUUUUGAUGAGAAACGUGACGCGCAUUUGAUUGCCAAGAACUGUUUCAGUGUGUUCGCGAAUGAUCGGGUGAUUUAUUAA